CUUGAGUUAAGAGGCCCAGUGAACAAAAUUGCUGCAAUUCCUGCAAAUGUUUACUGUCAUCAGUUAUCCUCAAUGUUGGGUCAGCUUCAGCUCCACUCGCUCUCCGCCACUCUAUGUCUCCAAGACCACAAUUACCCCAGCUUUCAGGCGCCAGUCAGCCUCUCCACCGCCGCCUGCAAACGCCGGCGCCUCUUUCUGGUCUCCUCAUCCAACCACCCCCAUGAAAAUCACCAGAACGCCGAAACCAAGACUACCUCAAAAGAUGAAGUUGUUAUUACUCGGAAGCACAAUUCCAAAUCCACCGCUUUGCUCCUCCACUCCCUAUCGAUCAAGCACAACUCACACUACGAGCCGCCGCCUCGAUCCACGGAGGUGGCGGAGAAUGAAGGGUCUUCAUUAGAAGAUAAAGUGGAGCUUCUAGAAAUGUCACUGGUGAAAAAAAGAACCCCUCAGUUCCCAGGCUCAAUUACGGAUUUCCAUACCUCGUCUCCGCCUAUUCGGGUCCUGGUUGAUGACCGAAGUGGCAAUGAAGAUGAAGAAGACAUGCUUAUUAAAGCCCUAGAAAUACGCAGAAAAGUCACCACUGAAAUUUUCACGGAGGCGAUGAAAAGGAGGAAGUUCGGGCUUACUUAUGCAAGAAAUUUGGUGUCCAGAUUGUCUGAUUACAUAGAUCAUGUGAUGAUCCAGGCUGCUUCAAUGAAGCAAAUGCCUGAAUUCUCACAUUCAUCUUUCAAUCAUCGAGCUAGGGUAUACAUAGAUGAUUCCGAAGUCGUGCCAUUGAUAAGGUGGUUGAAACAAAAUGAAUUAUCAUUUCCUCAAAUCGGGAACAUUAUCUGUAAAUCAAGAGGAGAUGUCAUGCACAUAAGGAGGCUUGUCGAGUGGUUAAAUUCAGUUCACGUGAAGGGAAAAUUCAUAGCAGUUGCAAUGCUGAGAUCGGGGGGUAACAUUUUUAAUCGAAGCUUUGAUGAAUUGAAUGACAAUAUUGAGUAUUUGGAAAAAAACGGAGUGCGCAGGGACUGGAUGGGCUAUAUUAUCAGCAGGUGCCCUGAAAUAUUGUCAUUUAGCAUGGAAGAACUAAAAACUCGUACUGAAUUCUAUCUGAAUUUUGGAAUGAAUGAGAAGGAUUUUGGGACCAUGGUUUUUGACUAUCCUAAGGUGAUUGGCUACUUAAGUAUGGAAGAGAUGAACCAAAAGGUUGCAUAUCUAAAGGAGUUUGGCCUUAGUAAUGAAGAUGUUGGUAGAUUAAUUGCAUUCAAACCACAUUUGAUGGGUUGUAGCAUCGAGGAAAAGUUGAAACCUCUUGUGAAGUUCUUCUACUACCUUGGGAUUUCUAAAGAAGGAAUGAGAAAAAUUCUAGUCACCACGCCAAUAGUGUUCUGCAUUGACUUGGAGAACACCAUUGUGCCUAAGGUCCAGUUUUUGAGAGAUAUAGGAGUCCAGGAAGAUGCUAUUGGAGACGUGCUUGUCCAGUUCCCGCGGAUAAUGACAUAUAGUCUUGAGAAGAAAAUACGCCCAACGGUUAUAUUCCUCUUGACAAAAGCUGGAGUCUCCCAGAGAAAUAUUGGGAAGGUAUUAGCCUUAGCACCGAAGCUAUUGGGAUGCAACAUCACACAUAAAUUGGAUCUUAACGUGAAGUACUUUCUGUCACUCGGCAUACCCUUCUGGCAAUUGGGUGAAAUGAUUGCUGACUUUCCAUUGAUUCUCCAGUACAAUAUUGAAGUUCUUCGCCCUAAAUACCAAUACUUGCGGAGAACCAUGGUUCGCCCUCUAAGGGAUAUAAUUGAAUUCCCAAGGUAUUUCAGCUAUUCCCUUGAUAAAAAAAUAAUCCCAAGACAUAAAGUCCUGGUAGAGAACAAUAUAAAUUUUAAGCUGAGACAUAUGCUGGCAAGUACAGAUGAAGAAUUUGAUCUGAAGGUUAAAGAUGAAGUGAAAAGACGGCAGAGAUUUGAACGUGUCAACCAUUGUGACAAGCCGCUGCCGGUAGAUGCUUGUAUUAAUAUUAAUGAAACCAAUCAAUCUAAUUGUAACAUAGAAUCAGUAAGACAGUAACAAAUGUACAAGCCUGAAGUUUUCAAUAGCUGUGUAUAAAUGUGAAGUGUUUUCGCCUUCUAAUCUUCCCUAUUUUUACCAUUGCAUUGAACUACAAAAUACUGGAAUCGAA